CAAAGAUGCAAUGAGAGCUGAAAUUGUUGUUUACAACGGGUAGCGGCGGUAUGUGUCUAUGCGCUGAGCAUCCUUCCUCCGCCGAAAGUCCCAUCGCGGUUUCCUCUUUCAUCACAGCCACAUUUUUUUACCGUGGAAUAAGCAAAUCACAUCAACUGUAUCCGUCAUUCAGCUGUUUAUCGACGCGAAGCAACCAUGAGCAACGUUUCUGUUCUCGCUCCUGGAGAUCGCCCUGGAAAGAACGAUUGCAUUUGUGGAAGAGGAGGUCUCAGCAACAGCCACAACGUGAACUUCCGCGCAUUCAUCGACCGCCACAGGCCUCUGUAUCUAGCCGCGACGCGGACAAUGAAGCCGCGAGUCUCGAGCUACGUCGUUUCACUCUGGCGGCAGACCCAGAAUGGGCGUUUCCUUGACAAGAAGCUGAUUGAAGGUCCGGAUGGAACGGUGGUGGCACGAUGGUACGAUGUUGGGGACAAAUGCGCCACCAGGAAGGUAUCCCAGUGCCUUCGAGCUCGAAGAAAGAACCACAUGUUCACUGGUAGCUUGGGCAGUUGCAAACAGUGGAAUGGACACACUGAUAGCCUCAUCAAUCUGGUGCACCAUCAGCAGGAUGCAGAUGAUUCGGAAGGUAGUGUUGGGUCGACUUCUUCCAGCAACAGUGCCUUUCAAGUUCAACAGCCGAAAAACGAACCUACGAGUAGGCCAAAAGAGAGACCCGAGCUCAGCAUUGAUUUCAUUGACUGGGGUGAUGCAAAAGCAGACGAGAACGACCUUAACCAAGGGGGCAUCGAGCACAGCGUGGAUACAUUGGACUCAGAGUCUGGCGUUGCGAGAGCAGAGAAUAUCUUAGCACAAAUGGUGCCAUGUGCUGCCACUAUUACGGAAGAUGUCUUCAGCUGCCAUGAAAGGGACGAGGAGGAACCAAACAAGAGAGUAGUUCCUUUGUCUUCGCAUCCGGAUUGGGACGAAGUGGAGUUGCAGUGCGAGUUCCCAUCGGUUGAUUGGGCCGUGUUUGGUACAGGAGAACCGGUACCUCUUCUUCUUGACACCGUGUGCGGUGCAAUCUCGCAAAGGGAAGACUGAUGCGCUACAGGCACUGAUGCGCUGUGUCGUCAAGUGUUGGCUGCUGUAUUCGAGUCUCUAUCUUUGCUUUCCAAGAUGAAUCAUCUCUUUCUGUAUUAGUACUCUGCUUUUAAUUAUUCUUUAUCCUCCUUCAUGAUCUUCAGCAGGCCACCAGCUACAU